UGCGACCUUUAAAAGUAUUUCUUCAACUUGCACCCUUGCAAGAAAACCCUCCGAAUUCCCCCCUGCCAUCCUGUGCCACUGGAGAUUAUCAUGGCUCGCACCGACGCGAAGAACCUUCAAAAGUAUCCAUGCGAGCAUCCCGGAUGCCAGAAAAGAUUCACAAGGAAGAACGACGUCAAGAGGCAUGCCAAGACUCACCUCACAGGCGAGCAAUUGGAGUCGGAGAAGCAUACCUGUCCAGUCACCGAGGCGGGGUGCACCAUGGCUUCCCUACAGCUGGGAAAUGUGAAGAUUCACAUUCGUGAAAAGCACUCCGAUGUCAAGCAUCUUGUAUGCUUCGAUUGCAGGCCGAGUUUCCGGCUGUUCGACAACACAACAACGCUAGCCAAGCAUGCUCAAGCGCAGCAUCUGCCUACCAGCCGCCGUCAAAUGAACCCUCCGAAGCCGCGCCGGAAAGUCACCAAGAGAUUGUGGGAUAUUGUCAGUCCUCUACCUCCCUCCAACACCUUCACUGUCCCUCCCCCGCCUACCGACAGGUUCCCGCUCCCACCCACCGCUCCUCGACGACGAAAAUCCCCACUACCCGACGUUAUCAUCAUCGCCCCAUUGGCAUUCCCCAAGGACGACCCAGAACCGCCCCGGGACCCAUCUCGACCCCGUCCACAGUGGUAUCGCGCACCUCAGCCGAAACCGAAGAUCUCAUCGCUACGGAGGAAAGCACGCGACAUUUCUGGGAUCAAGAAGCGCGCUCGAUGGCCUCUUUCUCCGACUCCGAGCCCAUCGACUGCGGGAGGGGAGUGUUCUAGCAGCCGGUUCCCAUUGCCCCCUCCGCCUCCUUACCGGCUUGCCACUUCGGCCUUGAGUGCCUAGCCAUGAGCGGGAGGCAAUCCGGACAUUCAUCGAGGCGUGUUGUGGAUCUCCGAAGGUGUCACGGUGGCCUCCUUUGGAUCAAAGCUGGGAGUCGUACUA